CCCCGGGGGCCGCUGGAACCUUUGGGGGCUCUCUGGAUCAAGGACCCCCGCAGUAGGACUGGAAGACGUGGGGGUCCCCGCGGGAAGUCGGGGGUCUCGCAGUGCAUGGCUGCGGGGUUGGGACCUGGAAGAGCCGGGAUUUGUGUGACUUUGGGGCCCCCGCAGGAGGCCUGAAAUCUGGGGUUCGCUCGCUGGGUUCUCUUUGUCUUUAUGGAUCUCCGGCUGCUUCUGCUCUGGAUCCCCCUCUCUCUGGCUCUAGAAGUCACCCUAAUGAACACCAAACAGGAGACGUCGGACCUUAAAUGGACAGUUUAUCCCAAAGCGGACGGACAGUGGGAUGAGACGUCCGGCUUGGACGAGGAGAUGACACCCGUCCGUACUUACGAAAUAUGUAAAGUCAACCUCCCUGGACAGAACAACUGGCUGCGCACCAACUACAUCCGCCGCAGUCCUGCCCGCUACGUCUAUGUUGAGAUAACCUUCACGGUGGUGGAGUGCGCAUCCCUCGAACAUGCUGGGAGAUCCUGCAAGGAGACCUUUAACCUCUACUACUACCAGUCUUCUACCGAUUUGGCCAACGACCACUUUCCUCCUUGGUUGGAGAACCCAUGGGUCAAGGUGGACACCGUAGCUGCCGACUUCCUGGGGCGACCUGGUGGACGAGGUGUCUCGGCACGGCCCAACGUGAAGACUCUGAGGAUAGGCCCUCUCACCGGGGCCGGCUUCUACCUGGCGUUCCAGGACCAAGGGGCUUGUAUGGCUCUGUUGGCCGUUCGUGUCUUUUACCGGCUGUGUCCCGCUGUGGUCGCCUCGCUGGCAAGGUUUCCCGGUACCGUGUCGGAGGGUUUGGUGGUAUCAGCGGAGGGAAGUUGUGUAGAAGGAGCAGAAGGCUCCUUGGGAAGGCGUCCCACCAUGUACUGUCGGGAAGACGGGGAGUGGGCGAAGCCGGCGGCCGGAGAGUGCGUCUGUGUGGCCGGGAGAGAGGAGAAAGACGGACGGACCAAGUGCAUGGCUUGCCCGGUUGGAACCUUUAAGCCCGACGUGGGGGAGAUGCCCUGCCAGCCAUGCCCCCUUAACAGCCAUUCCUCUGCCCCUGGCGCCACAGUGUGUGGGUGUAAACUGGGGUAUUACCGGGCUCCUGGGGAUGCCCCCACCGCCCCGUGCAGCACUCCUCCCUCCGCUCCGCGCAGCAUCGUCGCUCAUGUGAACGGUUCUACGGCAGACUUGGAUUGGAGCGAACCACUCGACUCUGGUGGACGGGGGGACCUGUACUAUGAGGUUCAGUGCAUGGAAUGCGCCGGGGGAGGGCCAUGCUCCCCUUGCACCCGCCUCUCUUUUUUCCCCCGCCCUAACAGACUGGUGGAGCGCAAGCUACGUGUGUCUGGGCUACGUCCACGCGUGACCUACAAUUUCCGCGUGCUGGCGCUGAACGGAGUGACGGAACGCAGCGGUGUUGGAGCCAUGGGGGAGGAAUUGAACGUCACCACUAAUCGUGAUGUGCCUCUUCCGGUGACCGGCAUCCAGCAGACGGCUGCGUCUGAGAACUCCCUAACCCUGCGGUGGAUCCCUCCACAGCCCCCCAGCCUCUCCAGGGGCAAUAUCCUGGACUAUGAGGUCAAAUACUAUGAGAAGGACCAGGAAAAGCCCCUUAUGAUGUUCCUGAAAACCACGGGCAGCGAGGCUCACCUGGUGGGACUACGUGCCGGGGCUGUGUACGUGGUGCAGGUGCGGGCGAGGACCGAGGCCGGGUACGGAGCCUUCAGCGGGGACACCCUCUUCCAAACCCUGUCACAAGACCCAGAGAGGGCGCAGCCCCAGGUGGGGUUAAUUGCCGGUACGGCCGGCGUGGGCAUCAUCCUCGUCAUAGCUGUCAUUAUAGUCGCCGUGGUGUGUGUCCGGAAACAUGGAGUUAACAAGGACAGCGAGUAUUGUGACAAACCCCCCCAGUAUCUCAUCGGACACAGCACCAAGCUGUACAUCGAUCCUUUCACCUACGAGGAUCCCAACGAGGCCGUCCGGGAAUUCGCGAAGGAGAUCGACGUGUCCUACGUGAAGAUCGAAGAGGUCAUCGGGGCGGGUGAAUUUGGGGAGGUGUGCCGUGGGCGCCUCAAGGUUCCAGGGAAGAAGGAAAACUACGUGGCCAUCAAAACCCUAAAGGGCGGCUACACGGAGCGUCAGCGGCGGGAAUUCCUCAGCGAGGCCAGCAUCAUGGGGCAAUUCCAGCAUCCCAACAUUAUCCACUUAGAGGGGGUAAUCACCAACAACUGCCCCGUCAUGAUCAUCACAGAGUACAUGGAGAACGGCGCUCUCGACUCGUUUCUCAGGCAAAACGACGGGCAGUUCACCCCCAUCCAGCUGGUGGGCAUGCUACGCGGAAUCGCCUCCGGCAUGCGCUAUCUGUCCGAGAUGAACUACGUCCACCGGGACCUGGCGGCGCGCAACAUCCUGGUGAACAGCAACUUGGUCUGCAAAGUAUCCGACUUCGGACUCUCCCGGUUUCUCCAAGAAGGAUCCACGGACCCCACGUACACGUCCUGCCUGGGGGGUAAAAUUCCCAUACGAUGGACAGCCCCUGAAGCAAUCGCCUUCCGAAAAUUUACCUCCGCCAGCGACGUCUGGGGGUACGGAAUCGUCAUGUGGGAAGUCAUGUCCUUCGGAGAACGGCCCUACUGGGACAUGUCCAACCAGGACGUGAUUAACGCCAUAGAGCAGGAUUACCGUCUCCCGGCGCCCCCCGACUGCCCGUCAGCGCUACACCAGCUAAUGUUGGACUGUUGGCAGAGAGAUCGAGCGGCCCGGCCGCGUUUCUCAGAAAUCGUCAGCUCUUUGGACAAGCUGAUCCGUAACCCGGCCAGCCUGAAGAUCACGGCGGCACGGGAGCAGCACGGGACUUCGCAGCCCCUCCUCGACCAGCGCACUCCUCACUACUCCUCCUUCGCCACGGUGGGCGAGUGGCUUCAGGCCAUCAAGAUGGGGAGAUACGAGGAGGGAUUCCGCAGCGCCGGGUUCACCACGUUCGGCAGAGUUCGCCAGAUAACGGCAGAAGAUCUCCUCCGCAUGGGAGUGACGCUCGCCGGUCACCAGAAGAAGAUCCUCUCCAGUCUCCAGCAGAUCCUCCCAGCUGACAAGGCCUCGGCGGGCCCCUGUUACUGAAUCUACCCCCCGCGCCAACGGACUGCAGACCCCCCGGCCGCGGACCCCCGGCAGGCGGAGACAUUGCAGUUGUGCGCAGUGCAUUGACACGGUAUAUAAACGUGUAGAUACAGAUCAGGGCUGUGCACACGCGUGUCCGCACCGCUCUCAGCCCGACACACAACAUGCAUAGCACUGUGAAGACCCCGGAUCCAUAGCCCUGUACAGAAUGUAUAUACACACAUCGUCAAGAGCUCGUUUUUUGUUGCAUUUUUAUAUUAAAUUAUUUGAUAAUAAA